AUGGCUUCAGUCCUUGAUACCUUGAAGACUAAAACUGAAAGAGUCGUGAACGCUGCAGCAAACGCUGUUGAUAAAAAAGAGUGCACUGAGUCCGAAUAUGCAAACAGUAAAUUAAAAGCUUUGGACGACUACGAAAAUUAUAUUAAAAAGACUAAGAACUUUACUAAUAAGAUACUAGAAGCUUAUACUGUUGUUAUCGACCAACUUGGUAACCUCUCGGACUUGCAACAAAAUUUCUUUAGUACAAGGGACACAACUCAAGAACAAAAAGACGCGACAACAUUUGAAACAAACUUUCUGUUGUUUGUCCAAGGCAAUUUCUUAAUACUGAAAGAAGAAGUAACAAAGUGUGUUAUUAAACAAAGCGAUACGCUACUCAAAGAAAUUUCUGAUGUCAAACAAACAUUCACAAGGAACAUGAGAAAGCCUGUGGACACUUUGGAAACAAUGACUGUAAUGAAAUAUCAACUGGACAAUAUUUUCGAGUUACGGAAUUAUAUCAUCCGCACACAACCAUAUAAAAUUUAUAACACUUUUGGUAAUAACUUUGAAGAAUUUUACAAAACAAAUUCUAAUGUUAAUGAUUUGAUCAAAAAGAUCGCCGACAAGGAAAAGGUGAUACCAACACUUCAUUUAAAAAACACACUAUACGUCGGGCAGCUCCUCGUGGAAAUACUCGACGCAGAGUGUAGGAACAAAGACGAAGUGCCUAAACUCGUUGAACAGAUGAUCAAUAUUGUCGAGACUAAAUACGUCGAUUACGAAGGUCUUUUUCGGACAACGGGAAGCGUUAAAAUGAUGAAUGAAAUAUACCACAGAAUGACAGUCACAAAUUUGGAUGAAUUGGGGUAUGACACCAUCACCUACAUGUUAAAGACAUUCACAAGAGACUUACCAGGGAUGUUGUUGAGUAGUUCCGUUUCACAAGACUUACUGUCAGUAUAUAAAAGGUCGACGGACCGAGUCGAGCGAAUAGAAUAUUUGACUAAACUAUUUGCAAAUGACAAUUGGAUGGCAAAGGAGAAAAUAACAUACUUCAAGGCGAUAUGCCAAAUGUGCCACACGAUUUCACAGAAUGCAGAAAAGAAUUUGAUGAAUGAAAAGAAUUUAGCUGUGUGUUGGACACCGACUAUGUUCAAUGUGUUGACUGAUGACAUUGGCCAAUAUAUCGAAAUGCUCACUUUCAUUAUUAAAGAGUCAGACUUCAUUUUUGGUAAGAAAGAAUGCGCAAAUGACUCUAAGAGUAUGACUACAACUACACGACCAAAAAAUAUGUGUGUCUCGUGCCAGAAUGAAACACUAAGUUCGUCUCCACGUGUUGCACUUAAAAUGCCAAAAGUGCCGCCACAACGAGACCGUAUGUUAAAGAGUCAACAAUCGUCUUUAAAUACAACAAAUUUGACACAGCCAGUUAAUGGGGGCGUAAAACAAAAUAGACAAGCAUCACCACCAACCCUUCCACAUCGAGCCCCAAAGUAA